UACCCUAAAGAAAGUCAUAAAAACAAUGAAAAAUCACCAAAAUCAAUUUUGAUGCCCUAGCUGUUCUCUCUCUUGCGGUAGAAAUUUCCAACUUUGGGGUUGUGAAAUUUCCAUCUAGAAGUUACAUACUUACAUCCACGACUGACCCUAUAAGGGCCAUUACCGUUUACAGGAUCAAUUUAUGGAGUCUCUUCCUUCGGAUAUCAUACUAGAAAUCCUUUCUCGGAUUCCAGCUGAAUCCGUUUUAGAGUGCAAAUUGGUUUGUAAGAAAUGGGUAACCCUCAUACGCGAAAGUAGCUUUGCUAAUAUGCACCUCACUCGCCGGCUCAACCAACUCCAUGAUAGCGACGAUGGCAAUGAUAACAUAGCUGAUACUAAGGUCUUUUUUGCAUGUCGCACAGACAACUUCAAAACUUUUCCAUGGAGGACAACUAAGUAAUAGGAGGAUUAGUAGCAACGAUGAGAAAUACAUUUACAAUCAAAAUCUGAAGAGGAUCUAUCAUCCUCCUAUGCACAAUGAACCAUUACAUAAUCACCUAGUUGGAUCCUGCAAUGGUUUGGUUUGUGCAUUUCAAAAACACCAUUUAAUUCUAGAUCCCAUAUAUAUUUGUAAUCCCCUUACAAGAGAAUAUGUUCAUCUUCCUCAACUUGUCGUAAAGGAAGAAGAUGUCGAUCCUGAUCUUAUAGAUGUAGUGGAAGGAGAGGUUGACAUGUAUGGUCGGUUAGCAUAUGGAAUUGGGUAUGUUAGUUCAACCAAUGAGUACAAGGUUGUCAGAAUCCAUUACCUCGAUGAUGCGUACGUUGAAGGAAAUGUGGAAGUAUACACACUUGGCAGUGGUUAUGGGUGGCGGGCCAUUGGUAGAAUUUCCUAUGGGUUGUCGACGCUGAAUGGGGGUACCUAUGCAAAUGAUGCAAUUUAUUGGAUUUUUUACAACGAAGUUGUGGUCUGUGACUUGGCCAAGGAAGAGUUUCGACUGCUAUCAUCUGUCCCUCCUUGCCUCCAAAACCGCCAGGAUGAAGAUAGAUGCGGACUUGUAGUACUGGGAAGGCAUGUGUGUUUUUAUAUGGAUAAUAAAUCACGCAUGGAAAUAUGGUCCUUGACGAAAAAUAACGACUCCUGGUUUCUGGAGUUUGAUAUAGAUUACAAAGAUUCUCGUCAAAGGAGGUUUCAGCCAAUUCUACUCACAAAGAAGAGGGAAAUCAUAUUUCUGUAUGCUAGAUCUGCACUUUAUUGCUAUGACACAAAAACAACAGUUUUGAAGAUAAUUUCCAACGAAGCGUCAACGGAUUAUUUUGAAGAUGUUGAAGCAAUUGCUCACGUGAACACGUUUGUAUCAUUGGAAGCUAUGGGAGAAAAUUCAAAGAGGUACACUGUUCGUCCACGCUGGGUUCGUACUCCAUGGGAUGAUGUUAUUGAUGAAUUAGACCGAGUUGCUCUCGGUGAAGAAGUUGAUACCACACGUUUCAGGCUCAGAGAAGCUUAAGAUGACUUUUACUUGGUGCUGAGAAGCUAAAGAACAUGGAGUGUUAUGGUUUCAAAAUAUCUUACACAUGAUUCUUCCUAGAAUUGUGAUGCUGGGAGAAAGAUCAGAUUCAGUUGAAAAGGCUUAAAAAUAGUGCUUGUGAUGCUGAUGACAUAAUGAAGGAGUUCUCCUGUGAAAACUUUUGCGUCCGCACACCAAUAGAAAAAACUUGAAACUUGAAGUCUUAAAGCAUACGUGAUUUUGUCAUAUCUUGCAAUUUCGUUUUAAGCUGGCUAAAAUAUUGUUAUCAACAUAAAAUUAGAUCGUCUCAACGGUAAUAUAGUUUAAUUGGCCGACCGAUCGGGCCCCUAAGGGAGGGAGUCCCUUUUAAGGAAACCUAAUGUAAAUGUGAAACUUGAUAAAAAGAUGUGAAAUCUUAGGUGUCCGUGGUUAGUCUUUUACGAUGGACUCCUCUCAGUCCAAUUCCUAUCAUUCUAUAUAUCCUAUUUUCUCGGGGGGUAUGUAUA